ACCUAAUUUUGCUGAACCCUGGUGGUGAGCACUUGAGCUAUGAUGAGAUCCCUCUGCCUCCAAUGUACUUUACUGGAAUUACUUUGUGGAGUGGACUUCUUGUCUUGUGGUUGAUCAACUGGGCAGUGUAUUGGAAGUAUUCAAAUCCAUUGCAUCGUCUUUUAUUUUUGGCACCAUUCUUUAAAGCUGUUGUGCACUUGGUCCUUUACUUUAGAUGGGAGAUGAUUUCACAUACAGGCUAUGAUAGUAACUUGUUGACAACGUUGAACUACCUCACUCGUAGCAUGCAAGAGGCUCUUCUGUUUCUUUUAAUAAUGCUUGUAUCAGAUGGCUGGCAUGUCACUCGCGUUAGCACCACCAUUUACAGAUGGCUGGGCAUGGCUAUGCUCUUUCUUGGACUUCUUGCAUCUCUCUUGUGUUUUGAGUUGGUUCAUCAGUACUUUCUAGCAUUUGCAGUCUGCUGUUGCCUUUUUAUGUUGUACAAGACUCUGAAAUGGGCCACAAGCAAUGUCGACUCGCUUGUGAAACAGCAGCGGCAAAUAUCUUCCUAUGUGGUUCGUCUGGGACUAACCUACAUCACAGAAUAUACAGUAGACGAUUUACUGUUUGCCAAGACACGCUUGUACCGUCGCUAUCGCACGUUUUGUAUCUCAUGGGCAGUCGCCAGUGUCUUGGGUAUUACAGCAGUACUUUUUCUCACAGAAGAGACUUGGUUGCGGAUAUUAUCAGUUGAAGUUCCAGAGGCUGUGAUCAUAUCUGGAAUUCUGGUUCUGUUUCGAUUGCAGUGUUUCGAGCCUUACCAAAACAUCAAGUUAAAAGCGCCUGAGACUAAUUUUAUAGUUAUAUUGGGUCCUGCUACUGAUGAUGAUUAUCGAGCUGUGUAUAUGGCUGAAGAGACUUGUCAUAUUGGAUCAAGAAAAAAUAGCAGAUCGGGCAGUAGGAAGAGAAAUAGCAGAUAUGUUGUAGAAACAUCAGUUUAAAUGCCUCUUUUAAUUAAGGAACAUAGAAACUAUUGGAUCAAAUUUUAAUAGAAUUUAGAACUGUAAUUGAGCAAGCGUUAAUGUCUAGUUACUUGACAAACUGCAGUCAACUAGUAUGUUUUUAUCUUUCAUUUAAUUAAUAGAUGGGUAACACAA